UAGUAGACGAAACGGAAGCUGUUCACAAACAUGGCGGCGCCUUCUCCGCCUGAAGUUGUUCGAGGACAAGCUUUCGAUGUAGGACCUCGCUAUACGAAUUUAAGUUACAUAGGAGAAGGGGCCUAUGGAAUGGUUUGCUCCGCGUUAGAUAAUGCCACGGGACAGAGGGUGGCGAUCAAGAAGAUCAGUCCAUUCGAGCACCAGACCUAUUGUCAGCGAACGUUACGAGAGAUCAAGAUUUUACGUCGAUUUAAACACGAAAAUAUCAUUGGGAUAAUGGACAUAAUCCGCGCACCAAGCAUAGAAGACAUGAAAGAUGUCUAUAUUGUCCAGUGUCUGAUGGAGACUGAUCUGUACAAGUUGCUCAAGACACAGAAACUGAGCAAUGAUCACAUCUGUUACUUUUUGUACCAAAUCCUACGAGGACUGAAGUACAUCCACUCGGCUAAUGUACUUCAUCGGGAUUUGAAACCCAGUAAUCUUCUGCUGAAUACAACAUGCGACCUCAAGAUUUGUGAUUUUGGGCUGGCACGUGUAGCAGACCCCGAUCAUGAUCAUACUGGAUUCCUGACUGAAUAUGUUGCCACACGAUGGUACAGAGCACCUGAAAUCAUGUUGAACUCCAAAGGUUACAGUAAGGCAAUUGACAUCUGGUCGGUGGGAUGCAUUCUUGCAGAGAUGUUAUCUAACCGUCCUCUGUUUCCUGGAAAGCAUUACCUGGAUCAACUGAACCACAUCUUGGGUGUUUUGGGUUCACCAUCACAAGAGGAUUUGAUGUGCAUCAUGAAUGAAAAGGCUCGUAGUUAUAUUCAGUCAUUAUCCUUCAAACCAAAGGUUCCUUGGGAGCGGAUCUUUCAAAAUACUGUUGAUCCAAAAGCUCUAGACCUGUUAGAUAAGAUGUUAACCUUCAAUCCUGAGAAAAGAAUCACAAUAGAGGAGUCCCUGGCUCAUCCAUAUCUAGAGCAGUACUAUGACCCUGCAGAUGAGCCUAUUGCUGAGGAGCCAUUUAGAUUUGAAACAGAGCUGGAUGACCUUCCCAAAGAGAAACUGAAAGCACUCAUCUUUUCUGAGACUGCUCAUUACCCUGGCUCACCGUACUUGCCUGGUGUACACUGAAGCACAGAACACAAUAUUUGAGGAGGUGGAAUCUCAAUAAACCUGUAUAUCUAUUUGACAAAGGCUUUGAACAGUUAGACAUGUAUUGUAAAAUUUAUAGUUUUUCAUGAAGAUUAUGGAGUUUCUGGCUCAGAGUAAUAUCAUAAUAUGUUACUCUGAUUCUUGGCAGAACAUUCCACCAUAUCUCUGUAAAAUAAAAAAACUGAUUGUCCUCCAAUUUUGUAGCCCUCUGUAAAAGUCAUUUAAUAUUUUGCUCCAAAAAAUAGACUGCUUUGCAGCUCUUAUUAUGUCAAAUAAUGCGAAGGAGCAUUGUUUGACAACUCAAACAACAGCUGAAACUGAGAGAAAGGAUGUAUGUCCUGUAGUUACUUGGUACAAUGAGAAACAUUUCUACAUGGAGAGAAUAUUAAGUCUAGUUAUUUAAUGGCUGUUGCCUUACCUUGUCUUGCUUACAGAGUAGGGCUUGAUGGAAGGUCAACCGUUUCAAACCUAACGUUGAUUUGCAUUUAAUAUCUGAUCAAAGUCAAUAUAAACACAUAUAUGCAGGCCAUGAAAAUAAAAUUACAGACUCAUCAAUAAUGAUGGAGAGUUGUGGUGUUACUGUUUGUCAAAGUGCACAGGUUGGUUCAAACUUGACGUCAGUCAGUCUAGAUUAAACCUUCAUUUAUGACCAUUCAAAUGAAAUUCCCUCUGUGGAUUAAACCUCUGUGUGUAGCUACACAAACUAAAGCCUUUU